ACUCAUCCACUUCCCUGCACCUCCAACAACCACCCUGUCGGGAUUGUGCAAUCGCCGUUCAAAUCUGCUCGGUCACCGACUAUUUGAAUUGCAACUCCCUGAUUGCCGCCGACUUUUCUUUCAGCCUCCGAUUCCUCACCUCCUACGACCAUCGACAACACAGAUCUCUGGCAAAUCCUUAUCUCGGCCCUCGAGGUAUCCUCCAGGGUCCUCGUCACCCUCGAUUACUCCCACGGUGACUUCCUGUGCCCCAAUACUGGCACCUUGGUGGAGGACCUUCCUGAAGAAAGCAUCGCCCCUUCCCUUGGCCAUUCUACGUAGCUGUCGCUCGUGUGACACAAAGAGUUUGCGACUUCUCUUAUCUCAGCCUGCGCCCACCCCACCCGGACUUGACCCUCGUGGCGAACGCGAACGUCCCUGCGUGAACAAUCAGAUCUCAUUCAUUCGCCAUGGAGCCCACUACAAAGCCCUCCCUGGCCGUGACGGGCCCAACAACCCACGUCGAAAGAGACGCAAAGAAAGCCGAUGCCAACCGAGCAUCGCCCGGCGAUGCCAGUGAUGCACUGACGGAACUGGCAAAGCAGAAUGUCGCACCAUUCCUCGCAAAAUAUCAUCCACGACAAUAUGCGCCCCUUCGAUCGGAAGAUGGUACAACCUCGGUGCCACGUACGGUCAACGCGGGCUACUGCUAUCGCCACCAGCCUGACUCCAAGUGCGCCCGCCAGGCGGACGAGCAGUCCAUGCAUCAGCUACAACAAGAACUGGAGACACUCCCCCAAAGUGAUCAGCAGGGCAUCGCCCACGUCUGGUCUCUCUUCUCUGCCGCCCCUGCAAAGCAGCGCAAGCUGAUGCUGCAAGGUAUUCUGGCUCAGUGCUGCUUUCCCCAACUAUCCUUCAUCUCCGCUAGUGUCCGUGAACUUAUCCGCAUCGACUUCCUAACCGCGCUUCCACCCGAGCUCUCUUUCAAAAUUCUCCGCUACCUCGAUACUGCUUCCCUCUGCCGUGCUGCACAAGUUUCCCACCGAUGGAGAGCUCUCGCCGAUGAUGACGUCGUGUGGCAUCGGAUGUGCGAACAACACAUUCGUCGGAAGUGCAAUAAGUGCGGUUGGGGUUUGCCACUGCUGGAUAGGAAACGGCUGCGGGAAGCGAAGCGCGAGAUCGAGCUACGCGCGACCAAUUGGGGCAACCAGCCCUCGAACAACAUUGCGGACGGCGCGCCCAACGGCACCUGCUCGGUGGUGGAGCUUCCUGCCAGCGGAAAGCGCAAGAUCGACGUGGAUGAUCAAAGCUGUGCGAUGAUCAAACGUCACUGUGUCUCACCAGCCUACAAGCCCGAGCCGGACGAUGAUUACUUCAAGACCCGUUAUCGCCCAUGGAAGGACGUCUACCGGGAUCGUUUCGUGGUCGGCAUGAACUGGAAGCACCGACGCUGCUCCGUCAAGGUCUUCCGAGGACAUACCGACAGUGUGAUGUGCCUGCAGUUUGAGGAUAAUAUCCUCAUGACUGGCUCUUAUGACGCAACUAUUAAGAUCUGGGACAUGGAGACUGGAGAAGAGUUGCGCACCCUCCGGGGACACACCGCUGGCGUGCGUUGUCUACAAUUUGACGAUACCAAACUGAUCACGGGAAGCUUGGAUCGUAGCAUCCGAGUGUGGAAUUGGCGUACUGGUGAAUGCAUCUCCAGAUACAACGGACACUCCGAGGCUGUGAUCGCCCUCCACUUUGAUUCUACUCUCCUUGCUUCUGCCUCCGUCGACCGAACGGUCAAGAUCUGGAAUUUCAAGGACAAGUCGACCUUUAUCCUACCUCACCCCGAGGGCGUCAACGCCGUGAAGAUUGACACUUCUUCCCGCACCGUUCUGACUGCAUGUGAUGACGGUGCAGCACGGUUGUGGGAUCUCGAUACCAAGACUUGCAUUCGUGUCUUCCACAAUCAUAUCGGUGCAGUUCAACAGGUCAUUCCUUUGCCCCGCGAGAUUGAACUGGAGAGUCAUCUCGCCGACUGCGAAAACGAUCACGUCAGCACGUCCUCCCAGAAUGGUGAUGCCGUCAACAUUCUCUCCCCUCUCCUCGAACAUAAGUCUCUCUCCGCCCCCCCGUCUUCGUUUGGUGGCUCCUUCGACCAAGAUCAGGGUCGCUUGGAACCUCCUCGCUACAUCAUGACCAGUGGUGUCGACGCGACCAUCCGUCUCUGGGAAACCAACACCGGCCGAUGCCUCCGGACCUUCUUCGGUCACCUGGAAGGUAUCUGGGCAUUGUCAGCAGAUACUCUGCGCAUCGCCUCGGGCGGAAUGGACCGUAUGGUCAAGAUCUGGGAUCCUCGCAUUCCAACCUGUCAGGACACUUACGAGGGCCACUCCGCCGCGGUCAAUUGCAUCGGACUUAGUGACAGUCGUUUCAUCACUGGUGGUGACGACUUCCAUGUCCGCAUGUACGAUUUCCGGGCAUAAACCCCCUCUUUUAUCACCCCCCCCCCCACACACUCUUCGAACCUAAUCCCCUCUAAUCACCUUCCACCCGCCCUCAAACUUUCUUUUUCAUCUCUUUCUGGUGCUCUUUCGGUCGAUGGUUAGAUACCCGGGCGCUUUUCAAAACUAUUGUCAUUCAUACUGUUCAUUCUAGGGAUCACGGGCUCGGCGUCAUAUUUGCGCAAUGACUGCAUUAACGGCGCUUGGAGGUUUUAUUUUUAACUUUGUUAAUUGAGUAUUUCAAAAUGAUACAUUCUUAUAUUACAA